AUGACUGCGAUUACUGCCCCAACGACCGGCCAUAUGCCGCCAGAUGAGGAACACCUCGAUGCCUUGGAUGCAGUGGACUACGAUCCAAUUGAACACUUGAACGCUGUUUUCUCCCAUCCUUCCACCCUCUCCUCCGUCUCUCAAAUCUCCGACGCCCUGCACCAAUGCGAAGAUGAACUCGACGAUGACAUCGGCACCCUCGUGGAGGAGCAGGUCACCUCCAAUGCCGACAGUGUGGAACGGAUACAGGCAGCCAAGGCUGAUCUGUCGGAGCUAUUCAAGAAAAUUGACGACGUCCGGGAACGCGCAUUGAAGACCGAGCAGGCCAUCACCGAUAUGACGGCGGAUAUCAAGCAGCUGGACAAUGCGAAGAAGAACCUGACACUUUCGAUGACGGCGCUGAAGCGAUUGCAAAUGUUGACUACAGCAUACGAUCAGCUUCAGGCUCUCAGCCGGACGCGACAAUACGGGGAUUGUGCACAGCUACUCCAGGCCGUGAUCCAGUUAAUGGCCCACUUCAAGUCAUACCGCUCCAUUGACCAGAUCGCCAUGCUGAGUCGGAAUGUGGCAGAUAUACAACGUGACCUCCAAGAGCAGGUCUGUGAGGACUUUGAGAUUGCCUUUGCAAAGGGCGAAGUAGGCCCCAAGCGGGCGAUGCUCGCGGAGGCCUGUCUGGUCGCAGAUGCCCUGGGUGAUCAUGCACGGUCUCGUCUGGUGACUUGGUACUGCAAUACACAGCUCCGCGAGUACAGGCAGGUCUUCCGGAAUAAUGAAGAAGCUGGAUCAUUAGAUAACAUCUCCCGCCGGUAUUCGUGGUUCCGUCGCAUAUUAAAGAUUUAUGAUGAGGAGAAUGCGGCCAUCUUCCCGGCUUCGUGGCGGGUCAAUGAGAUUCUGGCCAAUGUCUUUUGUGAAGGCACACGGGAUGACUUCAAGGGUAUCUUGUCUCGGUCUGUGCGCAGUGGACAGAAUUUUGAUGUCAAUUUGCUGCUUUCGUGUUUGCAAGAGACACUCGAUUUUGAGCAUUCUCUUGAGCGCCGCUUUGCCCCCGCAUCGCGUGCAUCUACUGACACUUUCACUUCUACUGAGCCGCCAGUAUUUAGCCAGUCUAUCUCCGAGGCAUUCGAGCCGUACCUAAGUGUCUGGGUUGAGGCCCAGGAUAAACAGCUCGCGGCGUUGCUACCCAAGUACCGUCAACAGCCCCUUAAAGUUCCAGAUGAAGAGUUCAACUCUCACAUUGUCAUAUCAUCCUCGACCGAACUUUUCGCAUUCUACAGGCAUGCAUUGCAACAGUGUGCCAAGCUCUCAACUGGAGGCAGUCUGGUGGAGCUGGCAAAGGUAUUUGCGAAAUAUCUGGAUCAAUAUGCCCAGCAAGUUCUUCUCAACUAUAUAAGUGAGCGACCAACAGGGCACACGCCUUCUCGAGUGCCUACGAUAGAAGAGCUGGUUUCAGUCUUGAACACCGCCGAUUACUGCUACACAACCUGCAAUCAGCUGGAAGAGAAGAUCAGGGGCAGGCUGGACGAGAACCUGAAGCAAUCUGUGGAUUUGCAAAGCCAAGCGGAUUCCUUUAUGGGCAUUGCAUCUGCUGCUGUACGGGGUCUGGUGCGACAAGUCGAAGUCGAGCUUGAGCCCUCCUGGCGAGAGAUGCGUAAUACGCCGUGGGCCAAGAUUGAGGCUGUCAGCGACCAGAGCUCGUAUGUGGGCGAAAUGCUUUCUCACACGAAAGAUAAAGCAUCAGAGAUCCUCCAGCUGUUGCACAAGCAGCAAUAUGCGCGUGCCUUCUCUGAUCAUUUGGUGGAGCUCAUGACGACUCAGUUCAUCAGUAAUGUUUUCCAAUGCAAGCCUGUAUCGGAAACUGGUGCUGAACAGAUGCUUCUCGACUCCUAUACCCUCAAGAGCGGCCUUUCAUCUCUUCUCCCCGCCCCCGCUCCAACCGGCUUCGUCAAGCGCGUAAACACAAGCUUCUUCAAGAUUGAAACCCUCCUCAAAACCCUCCAGGUCCGCCCAUCACCACCAGAAGCUCUAGUCCAAGCAUACCUAAUCCACAUCGCGGACCGAAACAACAACAAUUUCCGCAAGAUUCUCGACCUAAAAGGCAUCCGCAGCCGCCAAGAACAAAAUCACCUCGUGGAACUAUUCCAGCUCCACCGCGCCUCAGAUCGCUACGCCUCAAGCCUCCAGUCAAACAAUCCCAUCCUCGCCGCCCUCCAAGGCCCCACAGCCACGGGGACGACCUCCGUAUCUCAAGGCCUAGGACUCGGCAGCGCCAGCUCAGCCAUGCCAUCUCGCUUCGAUGCCUCAAUGCUCGGUUCAGCAAUCAUCUCCGCAGCAAAGGAUGGGGUCGACCGUUUCGGAAACCCAAGUCUCACGACCCUCGGCGCUGGAGGAGGCCCCGCCUCUGGAUCGGGCAUCACAAGUCCAUCGGGGACAUCAUCUCCUGCUCCGUCUGGGUCCAUGCUUCAGCCUAAUAAUGUGCAGACCUCGGAAGGGACGGCGGGAGGUAAUCUCAAUGAGAACUUGAAGAAUAUUGGGAAAUUCUUCCGUCGGGAUCUGGGUGGAUUUGGUGGGAGGUUCGGUCGGAGUACUGAAGAUGGAGCUUAG